AUGGCGCUGUUCUUUACCCGUUUUCUGUCCGUAGUGCUCUGGUUGCAGUCAUGCUUUGUCUUCGCUGUGCCGCAGCAGAGUGGCUCGACUGACAUGAGCAUCCUCCCGAAGGUGUCUCGGGUGAGAACAUUCAUCCUCACUGAUAUCCUCAAUGAGCCCGAUGACUCAAUGUCGAUGGUCCGGUAUCUGCUGUACUCCAAUGAAUUCGACACUCGUGGUCUUGUCGCCGUGACUUCUUGGUCCUUACGGAAUGACACCCAUCCCAGUGAAAUCAAGAAGAUCAUCAAAGCUUAUGCCAAGGUUGUUGACAAGCUAAACCAGCAUGUUCACCCUGACAAUGAAUAUCCGAGACCUGAGGAUUUACUGAAGCAGAUUUCAUCUGGACCUAGAUCAUAUGGACGAGCGGCUCUCAAGGAGCCCAUCAGCGACGGCGCCAAACUCCUUAUGAAGCGUCUUCAAGAGUCCAAAGAUCCGCUCCAUGUUAGUCUCUGGGGCGGAGCCAACACUCUAGCUCAAGCGCUGCAACAGAUUGAAAAGACAAAGAGUAAGAAAGAAGCUGCUGAUCUUCGAUCUCGACUGAGGGUUUACUCCAUCUCGGACCAGGAUGACACUGGUGCUUACAUCCGAGUCAAAUGGCCAGAUGUUUUCUUCAUCAUCAACGUCCAUGGCUAUCGCGAGUAUCGUCUUGGAACAUGGACUGGUAUAUCCACAGCCGACAACGGCGCCGCCAACACUACUAAAGUGACAGACGGUUGGCUUACUCCAAAUAUUCGAUUGGGCCCUCUAGGGGCGCUUUACCCCGAUAUUAUAUAUACCAUGGAAGGAGACAGUCCGAGCUUUAUUUGGAAUAUCCAAAAUGGUCUGAACGUUCCUGGUAGGCCGGAAUAUGGAGGCUGGGGAGGUCGAUAUACUCGCGUCACGGAAGACACUGACAUUAACGAGUACGGCACAUCUGGGGAUGCUUUGAUCAACACUAAGGGCCAAACCUGGUUUAGUCCUUAUGCUACUAUCUGGCGCUGGCGCGAUGCGUACCAAGACGACUUUGCUGCUCGUAUGCAAUGGACAUUGAUCGAUAGCUUUGAGGAGGGCGCUCACCCUCCGAGCAUCAACGUCAACGGAUCCACGGGCAGUGAACCCCUAAGAUUCAAGGUUGGCCUCAAAGACGCUAUUGUCUUGGAUGCCGGCAAUACCAUCGACACGGAUAGUCAGGAUGAUUCAUCAGGGUUGGACUUCGAAUGGUAUUCUUAUGCUGAGUGUGCAUCCCCAAUGUUGACCAGUCUUGCUGCCAACUUCUUCUCCGUUGAUACGCUGGCGCCGCCAAAAGGAACGAACGGCACACUGGCUGUUAAUGAAGCAGGUUUCACUAAUGUGGCUUUAGGCCCAAUUGUCAGAAUCUCGACCAACUUGACCAGUUGGGAAGAGGAGCAGCCUAGCUCCGUCGACAAGGAAUGGCAUGUUAUCCUUCAGGUCACCAACAACAAGGGAUCAUAUCCGAUCCGAAGGUAUAGACGCGUUAUUCUAGAGCUCCCAGACUCAAAGUAG